AUGGGACCACCUCCAGAAGUCACGGGACCACCUCCAGUAGUCAAGGGACCACUUCCAGUAGUCAAGGGACCACCUCCACUAGUCAAGGGACCACUUCCAGUAGUCAAGGGACCACUUCCAGUAGUCAAGGGACCACUUCCAGCAGUCAAGGGACCACUUCCAGCAGUCAAGGGACCACUUCCAGCAGUCAAGGGACCACUUCCAGUGCCCACGGGAACAUCCGGUCCACCGUUGGUGGCCGGCGGUCCACCGUCGGUGUUGGAAAUCCCGUUUGAAAUGGACUUGGAAGGCGCAGGAGUCUUCGAAACCGCAGGAGACUUGGGGGAUGCAGAAGCCUUGGAGGCAACUGGAGACUUGGAGACCGCUGGAGCCUUGGAGGCUACUGGAGACUUGGAGACCGCUGGAGCUUUGGAGGCUACUGGAGCUUUGGAGGCGACUGGAGCUUUGGAGACAGUUGGAGCCGUGAAAAUGACUGGAGACGGGGAGACGAGUGCGGCCUUUGAGACAACCGGAGUCGGCCUGGAAAUCACCGGGGAGGCUACGGGGAUCCUUUCCAUAGAUUUAGUCGGGCUUUGGGAUCUCAUUACCUUUUGA